AUGCCUCCACGACCCAUACGACCCAAGAACGAACCUUCCUCGACACCGGGCAUCGACGACGUCCCAGAGAAAGGCAAGAGCGCCAAGCGUCGAGCGGUUUCGUCAGCAUGCAUUCCCUGCCGCAAGCGCAAGAGCAAAGUGAGUUUCCCAAUGCACGUUAUCAUCGCCAAGGAAAUGCCGUCCAACAUCUCUCCAGUGCGAUGGCCAGAUGCCCUCGUGCUCGACGUGUAUCGCUGUCUAUCGCACCGAGUGCACUUAUGACGCAGACAGUGACCACCGCCGGAAAGGAGCCUUGAAACGGGACAUCCGAUCCCUGCAGCAGCAGAACAGCGCGUUGGACGUCAUUGUAGCUUCUCUGAAAAGUCUCCCCGAAAACGAUUCCAUUGCACUGCUUCACAGUCUACGAGGCGACGCCAACCCAGACGAAUUGGCCGAAUCGCUGAGAAGCAACGUUCGACUGCCAGCCAGCUUCGCUCCCCAGACGCUCGAGGCAGACCUCGCACAGAGCGUCACGACACAACCCUCCGUCGCCAACACCUACGACAACCUAGCAUAUCGCCCCGUUCAGCCUCUUUCUCGUCAUAGUUCAGAGAGCUCGAGUUAUGAGCCUAACACGCCAAGUACCAUCUCGAGCGAGCAGCCUGGCAGCUGGUUCCGCACUCCGCAGGACCCCGAAUUCGUUGAGCACUUGCUUGACCUCUAUCGUUGUUGGGUCCAUCCCUUCUAUGCCUUUGUAUCUUGGGAUCACUUUGUUCACGACAUGGGACGUGGAAAGACCGACUUCUGCAGCGCCAUGCUUGUAAAUGCCAUACUCGCUUUUGCAUGUCAUUACUCCGACCGCUCACAGGCCAGAGUCGACCCUACAGAUUCAGGAACGGCCGGUGAUCGAUAUUAUGCCGAAGCCAAACGUCUCCUGGAUAUGACUGAGACGCCCUCACUCACCGCCGUCCAAGCUCUUGGAAUCAUGGGCCUUCGAGAGACUUCGGCGGGUCGAGACAGCAAUGGAUAUCAGCUGGCGGGUCGUUGUGUGAGAAUGGCCCUCGAGAUGGGGCUGCAUCUGUCCGUCAUCAAGAACGGCAUGCGUUCGCCGGAGGCCGAGGUUCGAAAGGUUUCAUUCUGGGCUGUAUUCAACAUGGAAACGUGAGUCACGCUGAAUGGAAGUGGCAGACAUGCGUCUGAGAGAUACUGACUCUUGGCAGAUUGUGUGCGGUAGGAUUCGGUCGACUCUCUGGACUUCCCUGCUCAGCUGCCGACAUCGAAACGCCUUCGACAAAUGCUCGAGCUGAAACUCGCUCCUGGCGACCCUAUAUCGAUAUCAACGUAUCGCUGAGUCCCAGCGCAGAGCAGCCCGCUCGAGUGAGGUCCUUCAAAGAGCAGCUGAGCAAGCUUUCGGAACUCGCUUCCGAUAUGGUCAACACAUUCUACGCACCCAGAGAACGAUUCACCAGUCGAACACUUGCCGCAAAAUAUGCCCAAUACCAGUCAUGGUACCAGAAUUUGCCAGAUGUCUUCCGACUUGAGAACACUUCUCUGCCGUACGUACUGGUCCUGCACAUGUACUAUUAUGGAUGCGUUCUUCAGUAAGUCACCCCCCGUCCCUAACCGACUUACCUACAGCUGACAUUCUGCAGUCUAUUCCGCCCGUACAUCAAGCUAGAUCUGCAAGCCGCCAACCUGUAUCCGCGCGAUACAUGUACCUUUUGCGCAAAUGAGAUCUCGUCUCUCAUGAAUGCGCUGAGGGCGAUGUACGGCCUGCGACGUGUGACGCUGGCCGUUGUCAACCUCGUCUUAUCCGCCAGCACCAUCCAUCUCCUCAAUCUGCCUUCCGAAAGCGCAGCAGCUCACCUUACGCAAGGACUUCACGACCUAGACGCCAUGUCAGUCAACCAUCGCUUCGCUGCUCGCGCGGUCGACAUCAUCCGGUCCUUGUCGAGCAAAUGGAGUAUCGCGCUACCAGAAAGUGCCGCCGCGUUUGCCUACUCUCGUUUGGAACAUCCGCGAGAUGUCAAGUCACCGCCUCCUUCCACCUUCUUCGCCGCCUCUAUCCCCCGCACAGAGUCCACAGACGGUUCUGGGACUGACGGGCGCAAUCGCUCAGGCGAUUCCAUCCACAGUCACUCCUCAGCAGGCCCCUUCUCUCCUCCAGUCGGCAGCUCACAAGCACAGCAGCAAAUGCAUCAACAACCAACAUCCGCACCCACCUUCUACAGCGAUCCGACGAUUCAGCUCGACCCCACUCAGGCACAGACAGCCUUUUGGACGCCUUUCCCGACGCAGGUCAUGCCGAUUCCGCAUUCUGCCGAUUUUGAUGCCUCGACGAUGAUGGAUUUAACGUCUCCGCUCCAGAUGGAUGGCAUUCAGCAACCUCAGCAACAAUGGCAGCAGUUGUUCGGCGGGACGGGAACGCCGAGCGAGAUCCAUUGUAGUCAGCAGCCGGCUCCAGGAAAGCUCUCGGACGGAGCGAUGAGCAACCUGGACGAAUGGCAAUGGAGUGAAUGA